GGCGUUAAGAAGUGGUCGGACUGUAGCGAAUAUGAUGGUACUUACAUGGGUGAAGUUAGACAUGGGUUUGGCCGUCAAAAAUGGAAUGAUAAAGAAAUGUACGUAGGUGAAUUUUGCAACGAUCAUUUCCACGGAUUUGGGAUUUACAGAUGGCAAAACGGGAAUUUUCACGUUGGGACGUUCUACAUGGACGAGAAGGAAGGCUGUGGUUUGGCGUUGGAGGGCAAUAAAUCUUGUUUUAUUGGUAUAUACAGGUUUAACGUUGAAAACGGUCCCGGAAUUAAAUUACUAUUGACACCUGAUCACAAAGAUAUCGAAGAGUUUGAUAUUGGCCUCUGGUUCGGCAAGAAAUUAGCUAGGAUGUGUGCCAAAGUUAAA